AUGGAGGCCGAGUCUUCGGAUUCGGGAGGGAACUCGAAUCGAACUCGAAGUCGAUCUGGCUCGAUCAAAGGGGCACAAGAAUCCAACACCAAGACUGAUGAGGGGUACAAAGCAACGGUGAUCGUGGAAGGAGAGGAGGCCAAUGGUAAGCAGCAAGAAAACUUGGAGACCAGUGCAACUGGAAGGGUGAAGUUGGCAAUAUUCUGGAUGUAUAUUCGAAGCAUGAGUUUGGGCCUUUUCCUUGGUGGCGUCCUCUUCCUCUUCCUCACCCAAAUUGCCUGGCUUGGAAGCAACAUCUGGUUGGCUGACUGGUCUAAUGAUGCCUCGAAAUUUGUCAAUGCUACCAACAUUUCGCCUAACCAAACUAGCCUAGAACCCGUAAAGAGUGUAGGGUUGCGAUUGGGUGUCUAUGCUUCCAUUGGCACUUGUCAAGGUAAGUUGUCCCUAAAACCGUUUCCCAUAGUGCUGAACUGCCUUUUCCACUGA